ACCAUAGGCAGCGCAAAGGCCUCUGGGAAGCCUCCCCUCCUUCUCCUCCUCCACCUCCACUUUCGAAUAUUUUCCGGCCUUUUCUCCUUAGCCAGCUAAGCAUCCUCCUAUGCACUUCGCGUAGUGAAUGGAGGUGAUAACCUUCAAGGAUGUGGCUGUGGACUUCACCAGGGAGGAGUGGCACCUCUUGGCCCCUCCCCAGAAGGAGCUGUACAAGGAGGUUAUGCUGGAGAAUGCCUGGAACCUGCUCUCUGUGGGGCUACCAGCUCCCCCAGAAGAUGUGAUCUCUUAUUUGGAGCAGAAGGUAACCUCGUGGAUGCGGGAGCAGGAAGGCCUGAGGAGCUGCUGCCCAGAAGGUAAGAUCAGACCUGAAAUGAAAGUGACUCCACCAGAGGUGAGCCUUUCUGUGGAAGAAACUGAGAAACAAAAAUUCUUGAGUGAUGGUCCGGAUCACUUAGCUUGGAGAGGAUUCUAUGUUGAAUUUCAAAAUUCAUCCCUUCUUGAACAUCAAAGAAUGAACUCUGAGGAAAAGUCUCAUGAAUGUUAUCAGUGUGGAAAGACUUUUAUGCAUAGGGCCAGUCUUGCUGUACAUCAGAGAAUUCACACUGGGAAAAAACCUUAUGAAUGCAAGCAAUGUGGAAAGACAUUCAGUUGUAGUUCCAAUCUUACUGUACAUCAGAGAAUCCACACUGGGGAGAAACCUUAUGAAUGUAAGGAAUGUGGUAAAACAUUCAAUCAGAACUCUAAUCUUGUUAACCAUCACAGAAUCCAUACUGGGAAGAAACCUUAUGAAUGCAAGCAAUGUGGAAAGACAUUUAGUCGGAGCUCCCAACUUGCUCAACAUGAGAGAAUCCACACUGGGGAGAAACCUUAUGAAUGUAAGCAAUGUGGAAUGACAUUUAAUCAGAGCUCCCAUCUUGCUCGACAUCAGAGAGUCCACACUGGUGAGAAACCUUAUGAAUGCAAGCAAUGUGGAAAGACAUUCAGUCAGAAUUCUAGUCUUGCUAAACACCAGAGAAUCCAUACUGGGGAGAAACCUAAUGAAUACGAGCAAUGUGGGAAGACAUUUAGUAAGAGCUCCAAUCUUACUGAACACCAGAAAAUCGACACUGGGGAGAAAUCCUGUGUAUAUAAGCAAUGUGUAAAGAUAGUCAAUCAGAACUCUAAUCUUGUUAACCAUCAGAGAAUCCACACUGGGAAGAAACCUUAUGAAUGCAAACAAUGUGGAAAGAUAUUCAGUCGGGGCUCCCAUCUUGUUCGCCAUCAGAGAGUCCACACUGGGGAGAAACCUUAUAAAUGCAAGCAAUGUGGAAAGAAAUUUAGUCGGAGUUCUAGACUUGUAGAACAUCAGAGAAUCCACACUGGGGAGAAACCUUAUGGAUGCCAGCAAUGUGGGAAGACAUUUAGUAAGAACUCCAAUCUUACUGAACAUCAGAGAAUCCACACUGGGGAGAAACCUUAUGAAUGCGAGCAAUGUGGAAAGACAUUCAGUUUUAGCUCCCAACUUGCUUUACAUCAGAGAAUCCACACUGGGGAGAAACCUUAUGAAUGCAAGCAAUGUGGAAAGACAUUCAGUUGGAACUCUAGUCUUUCUUUACAUGAGAGAAUUCACACUGGGGAGAAGCCUUAUGAAUGCAAACAAUGUGGAAAGAAAUUCAGUCGUAGUUAUCAUCUUAUUCAACAUCAGAGAGUCCAUACUGGGGAGAAACCUUAUGAGUGCAAGCACUGUAGAAAGACAUUCAGACGGAGCUCUAGUCUUUCUCAACAUGAGAGAAUCCACAGUGGGAAGAAACCUUAUGAAUGCAAGCAAUGUGGAAAGACAUUCGGUCUGAGUUAUAGUCUUGCUAAACAUCAGAGAAUCCAUACUGGGGAGAAACCUCAUGAAUGCAAACAAUGUGGAAAGACAUUUAAUCAGACAUCCCUUCUUGUUCGACAUGUGAGAGUUCACACUGGGGAGAAACCUUAUGAAUGCAAGCAAUGUGGAAAGACAUUCAGUCGAAGCUCCAUUCUUGCUGAACAUCAGAGAAUCCACAGUGGAGAGAAACCUUAUGAAUGCAAUCAGUGUGGAAGGACAUUCAGUUGUACCUCUAGUUUUGCUGUACAUCAGAGAAUCCACACUGGGGAGAAACCUUAUGAAUGCAAACAAUGUGGAAAGACUUUCAUUCAGAGCUCAAGUCUUGUUGUACAUCAAAGAAUCCACACUGGGGAGAAACCUUAUGAAUGCAAACAGUGUGGGAAGACAUUCAGCCGGAGCUCCAAUCUUGCUGUACAUCAGAGAAUCCAUACUGGUGAGAAACCCUUUGAAUGCAAACAAUGUGGAAAGACAUUCAGUCAGAGCUCCAGUCUUGCUUACCAUCAUAGAAUCCAUACUGGUGAGAAGCCUUAUGAAUGCAAGCAAUGUGGGAAGACAUUUAGUCGGAGCUCUACUCUUGCUAUACAUCAGAGGAUCCAUACUGGUGAGAAACCUAAUGAAUGCAAUGUGUGUGGAAAGACUUUUAUGCACAGGGUCAGUCUUGCUGUACAUCAGAGAGUCUACACUGGGGAGAAACCUUAUGAAUGCAAUCAGUGUGGAAAGACAUUCAGUCAGAGGUCCCAUCUUGCUGUACAUCAUAGAAUCCACACUGGGGAGAAACCUUAUGAAUGCAAUCAGUGUGGAAAGACAUUCAGUCAGAGCUCCCAUCUUACUGUACAUCACAGAAUCCACACUGGGGAGAAACCUUAUGAAUGCAAGCAAUGUGGAAAGACAUUCAAUUGUGGCUCUGAUCUUGCUAUACAUCAAAGAAUCCACACUGGGGAGAAACCUUAUGAAUGCCAUCAUUGUGGAAAGGCAUUCAGUCAGAGGUCCAAUCUUGCUGUACAUAAGAGAAUCCACACUGGGGAGAAACCUUAUGCAUGCAAUCAGUGUGGAAAGGCAUUCAGACUGAAAAUUGAUCUUGCUAAACAUGAGAGAAUUCACACUGGCGAGAAACCUUAUGAAUGCAAGCAAUGUGGAAAGACUUUCAGACUGAGAUUCAAUCUUGUUACACAUCAGAGAAUCCACACUGGGGAGAAACCUUAUGAAUGCAAUCAGUGUGGAAAGACAUUCAGACUGAGAUUCGAUCUUGCUAAACAUGAGAGAAUCCACACUGGGGAGAUACCUUAUAAAUGCAAGCAAUGUGGAAAGCCAUUCAGACUGAGAUUCAGUCUUGCUACACAUCAGAGAAUCCACACUGGGGAGAAACCUUAUGAAUGCAAACAGUGUGGAAAGACAUUCAGUCGUAGCUUCAGUCUUGCUACACAUCAGAGAAUCCACACUGGGGAGAAACCUUAUGAAUGCAAUAAGUGUGGAAAGAUGUUCAGACUGAGAUUUGAUCUUGCUAAACAUCAGACAAUCCACACUGGGGAGAAACCUUAUGAAUGCAAUCAAUGUGGAAAGACAUUCAGACUGAGAUUUGAUCUUGCUAAACAUCAGAGAAUCCAUACUGGGGAGAAACCUUAUGAAUGUAAUCAGUGUGGAAAGACAUUCAGUUGUAGCUCCAGUCUUGCCAUACAUCAGAGAAUCCACACUGGGGAAAAACCUUAUGAAUGCAGUCAGUGUGGAAAGACGUUCAGUCGUGGCUCCAGUCUUGCUGUACACCAGAGAAUCCACACUGGGGAGAAACCUUAUGAAUGCAAUCAAUGUGGAAAGGCAUUCAGACUGGGAUUCAGUCUUGCUACACAUCAAAGAAUCCACACUGGGGAGAAACCUUAUGAAUGCAAACAGUGUGGAAAGACAUUCAGUCGUAGCUCCAGUCUUGCUGUACAUCAGAGAAUCCACACUGGGGAGAAACCUUAUGAAUGCAAACAGUGUGGAAAAACAUUCAGUCGUAGCUCCAGUCUUGCUGUACAUCAGAGAAUCCACACUGGGGAGAAACCUUAUGAAUGCAAUCAGUGUGGAAAGGCAUUCAAUCAGAGGUCCAAUCUUGCUGUACAUCAGAGAAUCCAUGCUGGAAAGAAAACUUAAGUCAGUCAAUGUGGAAAAACAAUCACAAUGAGUUCCAGUCUUGCUCAUCAUCAGAGAAUCUACACUGGUGUGGUGAAAAUUUAUCACACCCAUGCAAAAACUCGAAGGUUUAUUGAGAGGAGGCCAAACUUCCAUUAAAGUUGUACCCUGGUUCAGGUCAGGACCAGAGACCCCAGGCCUUAGGAAAUAGCCUUUUUUUAUAGAGAAGUCUGAUGAUGUCCUGUCCCAAAAGACAGACUGAAUAUAGAAUUUUUUCACAUGGAUAGAUUGUACAAGUGCUGAUGAUAUCCUACCCUAAAAGACAGACUGAAUACAGAAUAUUCAUGUGGACAGAUUGCACAACAUCUGAAUAAGCUAGAAAGUGUCAAAAAUACUAUCACUGGCAACUGUAUAUCUAUUAUUAUUAUUGAUCUUUUCGGUAAAGGGUUAGGAUUUAAUUAUUUUUUUCCACUGACAACUAGGAGUCAGCAUUUCGAUGGAUGAAUGUAUGACUUACAAUUGCACCAGAGAUAAUUUUGGACCAAAGAGCAUCCUUCUACCUCCUGUAUUAUGAUCUUACAACACGGUUUGGUGGGCUUGUUUGGAACCUUUGAUUUUCAGGAUAAGUUAAAAAAGCUUGUCAGAAAGAUUUUUAUACCAUCCUUAAACUAUAUUUUCUUAGCUAAUGUUUAUAAUUCCUUUGAGGCAAACUAUAUUAUCUGUGUUAUAAUGAAAAAAGCUGAUACCAUUGUAAUCAUAAAAGGGGUUUAGGGGAUUUCACAUACACACUGGUAAGAAACUUUAUGGUAAGAAACAACAUGGAAAGACAUCCAGUUGGAGCUCUAGUCUUGCAACUGUAUAAAUAGAAUUUUGCUCUCCAGAACUCUCUUUCCAAAUUUCCCAUGUUACUUCUCACCUCACAUGCUGACAUAGGGAGGAUACAUUUUUAUGUAGCUCUGCCUUCUUGCUCUUUUCCCAGGAACACAGUUUGUGGAGGUGGGGUGAGUGCCAGGCAGGAGAAUUUCAUUCACAUGGCUUUUACCCAGGCUUUUAUUUUUGUUCUUUCAUUUCUCUUACUUCAAGUGACUAUUAAUAAACUUUACAAAAUAUAA